CUGAUCCUGAUCCUGCUGCUGUGUGUAGCCCCUUCUCCUGCCCUGGGAAGGUCUGAGCUAAUUUGCAAUCACCAGGGGCUGAAAAUUGUGGGGUGCAGGCCUGUGGCACCUCAGCCACACUGCUCUUUGCUUUCUGGUGGGGGUGGAAAGGCACAAGGACACACAAGUUCUGUGGAAGGGCCCAGUUUCAUCCCUCAAUAAUUCAGUGCUUGGACUUGAUCAUCACAGAGUGCUUUUCCAACCUUAAGGAUUCUGGUGCCUAGAGAGGCUUACAAGAAAGAGAGGGACCUUUCACAAGAGCAUGUAGUGACAGGACAAGGGGGAGUGCUGUCAAGCCAAAAGAGGAUUGGUUUCCAUGAGAUACCAGCAAGAAAUUUGUGACUCAGAAGGUGCUCAGGCCCUGGCACAGGUUGCCCAGAGAAGCUGUGGCUGCCUCUGGAUCCCUGGAAGUGUCCAAGGCCAGGCUGAAUGGGACUUGCAGCAAUGUGGUCUGGUGGAAGGUGUCCCUCCCUUGGCAGGGGGAUAGGAGGAGAUGAGGUUAAAGUCCCAUCCAACCCUAACCUUUCUACUCCCAGGCCAGGUACCAGCAAGUUCUGUUCACAUUCCACCACCUGGCAGUCACAGUCAGAGUCCCCACUGGCACAAAUCCCCUUGGACAGGUCCUGCUAAGCCAGGGCACAGCCAGCCCUUGCUGCUCCCACAGAAACAUCACAGCAGAACUGGGGCUAAGGAGCACCCAGGAAAUGGAACAACCAAAUGUUUAUGGGCUUAAUCUGCCUGAAUGGAGCCCCCACCUAUUUGUCCUCCCAGAUUUGCUUGGCAUGAUGGAAUGUGCCAUCACAUGCUUGUUCCAAGGAGUGACCAACAUACCGAGCUGUCCCUGCCCCAUUAACGAUCAAAGCACACAUGCAAAACUCUUCCUGGAUGGGCACAAAAAAAAGCACAAACUUUUCCUGGUGUUUGCACCUGCCUUACACGAAGGUCUGCCCACAGAACAACUGACAGGUUCUAAAAGGAAUAUUGCAAAGUGGAAUUUUUACCUGAAUGCAGGUGAUACAGCAAACAGGGUCACACAGGUUAAUGUUGAGUCACAGCUCCUGUGCUUCACCUUCUUGAGUGAUCACCACAAACAAAAUAAACACAAAAUAUGAAUUAUAAAACAUGGUGAACCCUUUGCUCCCUUCCCAUCACCCGGGUGAAAAACAAGGAUCAGCAGAGAGUGCCAGCACUUAGUGAUAGUGAGGCAUGGGGUAAAUAUGCACAUAGGACAACAAACAUUAAUUUUUUGGCUCGUUUCAGGGCAGGGCCUGAUGGCUGCAACUGCUCAGAGCCCUGACUGGCUGUCAGUGCCUGCUGGGCUCAACUGGCAGCAACCUGGACUUGCAUUCUCACAAGGGCAGGACAGCUCUGGUUGCAGUUUUCCAAUUCCAGAUAAAAUUGUCCAUGAACUCUUGUGGGGUACUGCUGCUGCUAACAGCCCUGUGCUCUAUGAUGAAAGAUGAAGCCUGGAAGCUUCAUCUUGGGAACUCCAUCCCAAGUAUUUCCAGGCUUUCAAUGGGAAUUGUCAUUGUAUUGGUGUCCCUUAUUUCAUGGUGGCAUCUCUUGACGCCGAGGUGGUACAAAGACCCAAAAUGAAUCAGCUUCAGGAAGUUUCCCUAACCAGCAGCUCCUUUCCAAACCGUUCCCAGUGCUUGGAGAAGCAGGGCACACAUAGUAAAGCCAUUGAUGACAUUUGCCAGACAUACAAUCGCUGGAGCUUUUAAUUACGAGGCCCAGCCCUUCUGAAACAGGACAAGCAAGUUGGAUGCAAACAGCAUUAAAAAUUUAGAGGAACACAUGUUUUGAGGAGCUGGGUUUGGGUGGUGUUUACUUGACAAGUCUUUGUUCUCGAGCCAUCACAGGGGUGUCUGCCGCCAACCUGAUUUAAAAGGCUGAUCCUGAGAGGCAAGUCAGCCUCCCGGGAUUUCCAAAUUGGAGAUACUGGGAGAUAGGGUGUUAUGGGUCCAUGACUUUAUGAUGUCCCUCUGGAGAUAGGGUGUUAUGGGUCCAUGACUUUAUGAUGUCCCUCUGCAGUGGCCUGGUGCUCCAGUGAAGGAGGGAGUUCGAGGACAUGCACUCAAUUGAUUCCACACCUGGGAGCCACGCCAGGAACCACCACCAUACCACAGGGUGAUUCCCUCCUGCCAAACCAUUCCAUGAUUCUGCAGUUGCCUCUGGCCCACCCCCACCGGCAGCAGCUGUCAGGUGGGACAGCUGGGAAGGUGUAAUAAGCUCUGCUGUGGUUUUCUUCCCUGCCCAGAGGAAAAGCUGCUGCCUCUGCAGAGCAGUUAAGAGAUUCCCUGUGGGGCACAGCAGCUCACAGUAGCCCUGUCCUCAUUGUGAAUGUGGAGCUGCAUAGGAAGCAGUGCCUUAAAACACCAUCCUGUCAACUCCCUGUUUGCAUCCCAGGAAAGUCAGCCCAGCCCAACCCAGCAGUAUAUAUCCUGCUGAAAUACCCCAGUGAUGCAUUUCAGGCAGUAGGGAUCUCCUGCACAAAACCUUCUGGCUGCUGAGGCUCAGAAGCCUCCAGCACAGCUGACAUUCCCACUGCAUUUCUCUUGUGUUGGACUGAUAUCCCUUCUGCCUGCUACAGCAGGCAUUCCCUAAAUCCUGCCUUUCCUGGGGCCGGUCGUGUUUUCACAAUCUAUCCCCGGGGAUCCUGGCGAGGAGGAUGACGGGGCGCUGGGGGGGAGUGUCACAGCGAGUAUCGGUUCGUGUUCUCCCGCAGUAGGAGAGGUCGUGGUUCUGUCAAAGCCGAGCUGCCGAAAUGCCGGCUGUCAGCAGGGAGCUGCUCUCCCCCUGCCCGCCCGGCUCACCCGGCCGCAUUCCUCCCACAGGAACUCACCGGGGCGGCUCCUCCGGGCGUGCGGCGCCUGGACCCGGGCCAGGCCCUGCGCUGGGCAGAAGCCCCUCAAAGAAACCCACGGCAGCGGGAAGCUCAGCAAAUGUCAAGCUAAGGAGUUUGGGCUUCUCCCAGACCGCUGUCCUCAGGGGGAAGCUUUUCCUUGUUUCUUUCCCUAGUGUCGCAGUUGCAGCUGUUUCCUACCAGGGCCAGCAACACGGGGUCUCGCUUCACAUGGACAUGGCAGUGAUUCAACACUCAGCGUGGGCAUGGUGGGGGACACCUGCGCUUCCAUAAAAACACUCUCAAAAGCCUCAGUUUUGGAAGAAGAAUGGCUAACCAGAAUGAUCCCACCCUGCCAUCGGUAUGACCCAGCUGGUACCUUCCCUGCCAAGCACACCUUCCUCUAUCCCAGGUUGUUCCAAGCACUGACUUUGAACAAUUUCAGGGAUGGGGCAGCCACAGCUUCUCUGUGCCAGAGUCUCAGCAUCCCCACAGGGAAGAAUUUAUUCCAAAUAUCCCAUCUAAACUUACUGUCUUUCAUGGAAGAGCAGGGGCAAAACGAGGGGCUUUAUGGCCAUAUAACCCCAAGGUGCACAGUGCCACAGAGGAGGUACCCCAAAGGGGACUCUGCUUCUGAUUGCUUUGGGGAGUGUGAGAGAAAGGACGCUUUGCCUUUUCCCUCCGUCUCCCAACACCUUUCCUUGCCGCAGACGUCGGGACGGAGAGCAGGCAGGGGCGAUGCUGGAGGAAAACAAGCGGCGAGCCAGCGCUGAGGAGAGCCCUGGGCUGCACAAAAGGUGCCUUGUUCCCCCCAUGAGGCGGUCGGGCAGCACGUCCCCUCCCUCACCGGCGAUGGAAAACUGAGCUCCAAGCACUCCUUCACCUCCCCUCGCCACCUUCACCCUUCCCAUUGGGUACAAAAUGUUCUCGGGAGCAAGAAACCCGAAGUUUAACACGUCCUUCCUGGGCUCUUGGUCGCCUUGCCUGGGGAGUGGGCGAAGGCUGCAGCAGCCCCCGGCGCUCCCGGGGCCACCGGCUCCUGGUUAUACAGUAACCUGUUGCUCCGGGUCCCAGCUCCACCUCUUCUGCCUCCACAUCCCUCCCCUCCUCUCUCCUGUGCCAAGGAACCUCUGUCACCUGCUCUCAGACACCCGCAGCGAGCGGCACCGGCAGGAAAGGGCAGAGGGGAGCCACGGCAAGGGGACCCCCAGGCCGGGGUGCCGGGUGGGCUCUGCCUCCCACUCACUCUCCUUCAGCCUUCGGGGCAUCGGGCUCACAGCCUGUGCAGGCAGGACACGGAGCUUGACUGCUGGAGAAUGGCAGCAGGAUUUAACUAGGAAGGCACGGGAAACCGGGAGAGAACUCACGGGAGCUGAGCGAACUGCGGGAGACGAGAGCGGCUUCUCAGCACCGUUGCCUGGCCUGUGAAGCAACAUGAGUCACAAGGGAUCCCUCAACAGCAACCCCGGCUCAGCAAAUGGCAGCAUGGGCAAAGCCGAGGGAGCCUCCAAGCUGAGUGCAAAGGAUUUGUACGAACAAAGGAAAAAAUACUCUAACUCCAACAUCAUUAUGCACGAGACGUCCCAGUACCACGUCCAGCACUUGGCCACCUUCAUCAUGGACAAGAGCGAGUCCAUCACGACAGUGGAUGAUGCAAUCCGGAAACUCAUCCUGCUCAACUCCAAAGAGAAGAUCUGGACACAGGAGAUGCUGCUGCAAGUGAAUGACAAAUCCAUCCGGCUGCUGGACUGUGAGACACAGGAGGAGCUGGAGGACUUUCCCCUGCCAACAGUGCAGCACUGCCAGACAGUGCUCAAUCAGAUGCGCUAUUCCUCCAUCCUCCUGCUCGUGUGUCAGGAUUCUGAGCAGCACAAACCUGACAUCCACUUCUUCAACUGUGAUGAGGUGGAGGCGGAGAUGGUUCAUGAGGACAUAGAGAGUGCCCUGGCAGACCACAAGCACGGGAAGAAGAUACGGCCACAGACACUCAAGGCAAACCAGGAAAAGAUCAAGCAGAGACAAUCCAUCCUCCCCCCACCUCAGGGACCAGCUCCCAUCCCGAUCCAGCAUGACAUGCGAGGCUCAGCGAUGAACAGGAACAGGGUGGCACCUCCUUCCCAGCAUGAUCCAGACUAUGACCGACGAAGCUCUGGCUCUCAUGACCAUGAGGAAUCCCGUGCCAUGUUAGCACAGAAGAUUGAAAAGGAAACGCAAAUCCUGAACUGCACCCUGGAUGACAUUGAAGUGUUCGUUGCCCGGCUCCAGAAGGCUGCAGAGGCAUUCCGACAGCUCAACCAAAGGAAGAAAGGGAAGAAGAACAAGAAGAAAGGGCCAGCAGAGGGAAUGCUGACCCUCCGAGCAAGACCCCCGAGCGAGGCCGAGUUCAUUGACUGCUUCCAGAAAACCAAACUGGCUUUCAACCUGUUGGCCAAACUGAGGAAGCACAUCCAGAACCCCAGCGCUUCGGAGCUGGUGCAUUUCCUAUUUGGGCCACUGGAACUGAUCAUCAAUAGCUGUGGUGGCCCCGAGCUGGCCCGGUCUGUCCUCAGCCCACUGCUUUCUAAAGAUGCCACCGAUUUCCUGAGAGGACACCUGACACCCAAAGAGAUAAACCUCUGGGAUUCCCUGGGGGAGACAUGGACCAGAUCCAGAGCUGAGUGGCCCCGGGACGCGAACAUUCCCACCUACAUCCCCAAGUUCCGCAAUGGCUGGGAACCACCCACGGAAAUCUUCCGUGGAGCUCCCUGGGAAAUAGACAUCGGACACUUGCAAGAGGAGCUCUCCUCAGCCAAUGGAUAUCCUUACCGGAACUCCUCACUCAAGCGUGGCCAGACAGCUGAGCAGACACAGCCUGGGGAUGCCUUCAAACAGAAUGUCACUCCACAUGGAAAUAGGAAUUUUGAGGCCCAGGGAGUGGCUGUGCCCAGGAGAUUUGCCAAAAUCCGCUACGAUUUCACUGCACGAAACGCCAACGAGCUGUCGGUGCUGAAGGAUGAAAUCCUGGAGAACUUAUUCACCAAAUGGAUGAGCUGAACGACGAGCUGCUAAAGAAGAUCACAAACAAUAAAAUUCAGCCUCCCCACAGGAAUUUCAAGGUGGAAAAGCCUCAGCAAGUUUUUGUGCCCCUCACCUUUGAAUCCAGCACUGAAGAAGUCAAAGCCUGGCUGGAGGCCAAGUCAUUCAGCAAAGAGACCGUGGAACACCUGGGCAUCCUCACCGGAGCUCAGCUCUUCUCCCUCAACAGAGAGGAGCUGAAGAAGGUGUGUGGUGAUGAGGGGAACAGAGUGUACAGCAAGAUCACGGUGGAGAAAAACCAGCUGGAGAAAAGCAGAGGGGAGACAGAGCUCCAGGAGAUCAUGAAGCGCCGCCAGGAAAGGAUUGAUUCUGCUAAUUAAAGUCUCUCUGCUUUAUUUCAGCUCUUAGCCCUCAGUAGUGCAGAAAAAAGGGAAUGAAAGCAGUGAUUCCCGGCCCAGGCCGGAGGCAGCAGAGCUCCCCUUGAGCUCCAGCUGCCAUCAGAGUGACAAUUCCUCCAACACUCUGGGGAAGGGUUGGCAAUAAGACCACAUCCCACUGGGAAAGGUGUUUUAAUUUUGCAUGAAGUAUUUUUUUUAUAACUAUGUAUUUUAUACUGAGAUUUUCCGUGCAUGCGAUCGGAGCAGGAUUCCCGCGGGGCUGGAUGGACGCCAAGGGUGGAUUCAAACAGAGAGCCCAGAGCUUUUCCCAAGGGCUGUCCCUGCUCCCAGCCCUGGCUGCAGAGCAGGGCUGGCACACAGCUCAGGAGGGGCCAGCUCAGGGCCUGGAGCCUGCACCCGGCAGUGAGGCUGCAGAACAACCCUGCACUGCUGUGGGUUCAAGGAAAGGACAUCAGAGCUCAUCCUGUUCCCCCCCAUCAGGGGCAGGGACGCCUUUCCCAAGCCCAAGCUGUUCAAAUGCUGUCCAGCCUGGCCUUGGACACUGCCAGGGAUGGGCAGCCUAAGGCAGCCCCACUUCCAUUCCCUCCUCAGUGCAGGUGUCCCCUGCAGCCUGUGAGCACAGCCCGGUGACAGCUCCCUGUCCCCCUCCUGUCCCCUGUGCCCCUCACUGGACAAGGCUGGAAUGGCAACACACGUUCCCAAAGUCUGGCUGCUUCCCUAAACCCACAGACCAGUUGGUGCUGCCUCUGAGCAGCUGAAAUGAGCUCUCAGUGCCUGGGAAGGAGCAGGAGUGACAAACAAAGGGAUCUGAACGUGGACAUGGGUGAGCUCCCCCUGCCCACUGCUGCUGAUACACAGACCCGGGCUCAGGGCAGCUGUGCAGCUUCCCUGGGCCACUGACCCUGCCCUGGAAUGCUGUGGGGCUGCCAAACCCGGCCUCAGACCAGGAGAAGAUAAGCCCUGACCAUUUGCUCCCGUCCCAGGCACACCCACAGCCCUUCCCAGGGUGUUGGUCACUCGUCCCCACCUUCACGUUUUCACUGCAGAAAGUCAGCUGAAGUUAUUCCCAAAUAGCUGAAACCCCAAAGCACACUGGGAAAGGCAGGUUUAACUCCAAAUACAUGGGCACAAGGAAAAAAAAUCUAAUUUAGCACAGGGUGUUGCUCUUGACUUCCUGUUUUCCUUCAUAAAGUUAUGUGCAUUUCUAUGUAACAAUCUGUAAAUAGGGGGUGAGGAAAAUCUCUCUCCCUGGAGGCAGAAUUAGUGAUUAUGCUUCCAGAAUUUACUCACAAUUUCAAAACUCAAGCAAGCAGCGUAGUUCCUGUCCACAGCAAGUUUGGCACACUGCAUUUCUGUCUCUGUUUACCUGACAGACCAAGCUGAUUGCAAAGCAGUGAAGCAAACACAGCUCCAGAGCUGCCCACAGCCCAGGGACAGUUGGCUUUUCUCUCUCAGCACUGCUCAGUCUUUGCCCAAAUCUGUGUCUGUCCUUGCACAUUUAAUGGAAAAAGCUUUAACACAGCCUUGGGGAACUCGUGUCUCAAUCUGAGAGCACCAGAGCACCUCAGGUUUGCUUUAUUCCUGUCUCCCAUGGAUAAUCUGUUUUCUUCAUCUGAAAGAGGACGCUGCUGGCAGCAGCAGAACCAGGGUGCAGGCAGGGGGGGAUCCUGGGUUUGGUCACAGCCCUGCUGGGAUCUGAGAAGGGCACUCACCUUGUCAGGGAGGGAUGAAGAGGACAAUCCUCCUGAGAAGCCCCGGCUCUGGAAGAGGGUGAAGGGAAGCAGCAUGGCAAGCACAGGAGGCGAAAGAGUUUCUAAAAUGAAAAUAAAACCAAAUGUUGAGCUAGGAAACACCCCACCUUCUAGUCCUGGGGUGUAGAGGAAAGCAAAGCACAGGGAAUUGCAGUUAUCUGGCAUUUUAACAGGAAUGUACACGACAGCUCUGUAAAGCUGGGAGCCACAGGAGCACUUCCCAAAACAAACAUCUCAGCAGGCCUCACUGCAGAGGUCACUUUUACAAAUUUCCAUGCGACUGAGCUGUGCAUCUCUCCUGUUUGUACUGCCUGCAGACACUGCUAUAAAGUACUGUACACUGAUGUACCUGAGCGAAGGAGACAAUGAUAUAACCAUGCACUGUACAAGAGUUAUUAAAAUAGUUAAGUUAUACUUAUAAAUCCA